CAGGUGAGAGACGGAGACUCGGGUCCGGGACAGGUGAGUCUGGUCCGGGUCCAGCAGGAACCAGAGCCGCAGGUCCGAGUCCCGGACCCGCAGGACCCGCAGGAACCGGGACCGGGACCCGUUCAGGGCCCGUUCAGGAUGACGAGUCUCCAGCUUCACUCCGAGGACGCGGCGGUGCAGCGACUCCUGGACGCGGCGGCACGAGGAGACGCUAGCCGGGUUUCCUCCCUGCUAGCUAGCGUCCCGUCGCUAAUCAACCGGACCGGAACCAGCAGCUGGACGGCGCUGAUGCUAGCGGCGCGGAACGGACACGUAGCGGUGGUGGAGAAGCUGCUGGCGCUCGGGUGUGAGCGGCUCCGGGUCAACGGUUCCUCCCAGACGGCCGGGGACAUCGCCCGGUUCUGGGGCCACCGACACAUCGCCGCCCUGCUGGUCCGGCCGGUCCUGCCGGUCCCCCCGGACCAGGACCAGGACCAGGACCCGGGCCCCCAGGAGAACUUCUUCAGCCGGGAGCCGCUGGACCGGCUGAGCGAGAAACGGACCGACCCGGUCUGGCUGGAGAACCGGAGAACCGCCGCCGACACCGUCUACCUGCUGUUCUGUAACCUCAGCCCGCUGGUGACCCGGGGGGGGGCCGGGGCCGGGGCCGGGGCCGGGGCCGGGACCGGGACUGGGACCCAGGGGGGGGAAACCCGGCUGGUCCGGUUCCGGUUCCAGGAGGUCCAGGACCUGGUCCAGGAUCCCGGCACGGUGCUGGUGUUCCUGGGGGUGGAGAGGACCGGGUCCUGGACCGGGUCCUCCUCGUCCCCCCAACCGGCCUGGUUCGCCCUCAACACGGACCGGGACCCUGCAGAACUCCUGAAGACCUGCGGAGACCAGAACCAGAACCAGAACCGGAACCGCUGGUUCCCCAAGAACCUGAACCGGGAACUUCUGACGCUGAACGAGGACGAGGCCGGUGUGGUAGCCCAGGCCCGGGCCGUGCUAGCCUGGCACAGCCGCUACAGCUUCUGCUCCACCUGCGGCUCCAACACCAGCCUGGAGGACGGAGGCUGGAAGAGGAGCUGCCUGAACCCGGACUGCAGGAGCCGGAGGGGGAUCCACAACACCUGCUACCCCCGGGUCGACCCGGUGGUCAUCAUGCUGGUCGUCCAUCCGGACCAGAACCAGAUUCUUCUGGGGAGGAAGAAAGUGUUUCCUGCUGGAAUGUUUUCCUGUCUGGCUGGAUUUGUGGAACCGGGCGAGGCCCUGGAGUCGGCCGUGCGUCGGGAGGUCCAUGAAGAGGCCGGCGUUGCCGUGGCGACGGUCCAGUACGUGUCCUGCCAGCCCUGGCCCCUCCCCUCCUCGCUCAUGAUUGGCUGUCUGGCCGCCGCCGUCUCCACGGCGAUCCGGGUGGACGAGAGCGAGCUGGAGGACGCCCGCUGGUUCCCACGGCAACAGGUGAUCGACUCGUUCCGGGGAACCGACCCGACCUUCGUCUUCCCUCCCAGACAAACCAUCGCCCACCAGCUCAUCAAGCACUGGAUCGGGGUGACCUCCAACCUUUAACAAGUGUGACCUUUAACUCUGACCUCCAACCUCUGACAGGCCUGACCUCUAACCUCUAACCUUUAACAGGCGUGACCUUUAACCUCUGACAGGAAGUGGUUAACCUCUGACAGGCAUGACCUCCAACCUCUGACCUUUAACCUCUGGCCUUUAACCUCCAACCCCUGACAGGAAGUGGUCAACCUCUGAUAGGAAGUGGUUAACCUCUGACAGGAAGUGGUCAGCCUCUGACAGGAAGUGGUUAACCUCUGAUAGGAAGUGGUUAACCUCUGACAGGAAGUGGUUAACCUCUGACAGGAAGUGGUGAACCCCUGACAGGAAGUGGUUAACCUCUGACAGGAAGUGGUCAACCUCUGACAGGAAGUGGUCAACCUCUGACAGGAAGUGGUUAACCUCUGACAGGAAGUGGUCAACCUCUGACAGGAAGCGGUUAACCUCUGACAGGAAGUGGUCAGCCUCUGACAGGAAGUGGUUAACCUCUGAUAGGAAGUGGUUAACCUCUGACAGGAAGUGGUUAACCUCUGACAGGAAGUGGUGAACCCCUGACAGGAAGUGGUCAGCCUCUGACAGGAAGUGGUUAACCUCUGAUAGGAAGUGGUUAACCUCUGACAAGGAAGUGGUUAACCUCUGAUAGGAAGUGGUUAACCUCUGACAGGAAGUGGUUAACCUCUGAUAGGAAGUGGUUAACCUCUGACAGGAAGUGGUUAACCUCUGAUAGGAAGUGGUUAACCUCUGACAGGAAGUGGUGAACCCCUGACAGGAAGUGGUUAACCUCUGACAGGAAGUGGUCAACCUCUGACAGGAAGUGGUCAACCUCUGACAGGAAGUGGUUAACCUCUGACAGGAAGUGGUCAACCUCUGACAGGAAGUGGUGAACCCCUGACAGGAAGUGGUCAACCUCUGACAGGAAGUGGUUAACCUCUGACAGGAAGUGGUCAACCUCUGACAGGAAGUGGUUAACCUCUGACAGGAAGUGGUCAGCCUCUGACAGGAAGUGGUCAGCGACGACGUCCCGGCGAGCGACUCCAUCAUCGUCUGAUUCAGGAGCAGCUGCUGCCGACGCCUCAUCAGUCUCAGGGUUCAUGUAGCUCCUAAUGGAAUAAUUACCUAUAAUGUAAUAAUUACCUGUAAUGUAAUAAUUAUGUAAUAAUUAUGUAAUAAUUACCUAUAAUGUAAUAAUUACCUAAAAUGUAAUAAAAUUUGCAAUUAACUCAAUUGAAAAUGUAAUAAAAUCCAAUAAUGUAAUAAAAUAUCCUGACUGAUAUUGUAAUAACAUUUUUACCGAUAAUGUAAAACUUUAUUACAUUAUUGGGAAUUUAUUACAUUUUUAGGUCUGUCUUUUUUUUUCAAAACUGAUAAUGUAAUACUUGACAAAUAAUGUAAUAUAUUUGUUAGUUUCAGUCCAGAGUUCUACAUUUUGUGUUUUAAAUAUCUAAGAAUGUUUUAUACGCUGGAUUUGAAACACCAGAAUGAAUAUUGGGUUAAAUUGCAGACUUUGAGUUCCAUGUAAUAAAUUACUUUACUAACUAACUGUAACUAACUGUACACGCCCACUUUCUACCAUGA